GGAGCUGCUGCAUAACAAUAUCUGACAUUUACACAACGAGGCCUCUGCUUGGGACACUGUUCUGAGGCUUGACCCGUCCUUAAGAACCUAGAACAACCCUGUGCUGUGGGUUUUAUCCUUAACUCCAUUAUACAGGCCAGAGAACAGAGCCAGAGUGGAGAUGUUCCACUGGGAAGAAGCCACAUGGCUCUCCGCCUCCUUCAAGCCAAAAACAAUUCCGAAAAUCUGGGCGGGGGGGGCCAGAGAGCAUUUGGGCUCUGCCCCCAGCACCUCCUUCGCGCAGACGACUCGGUAACUGGGCUGCAGGCCGGCAGCUGCGGAGUGCGCAGGCGCGCCUAGGUGGCCGCGGUCCUGGCCUUCUAGAGCCGGAGCGGCCCGCGGAGCUGCGGAGGCAGCCGUGGUCGGGGCGCUGUGCAGCUGCUGGUUCCGCCUGGGCGGGGCCCACCUGCUCAUCCCGUUCGGCCCGACUGUGGUACAGACCUCCAUGAGCCGGUCCCAGGUAGCCCUGCUGGGCCUGGGUCUGCUGCUCAUUUUCCUACUGUAUGUGGGGCUGCCAGGCCCCCCAGAGCAGAAUUCCUGGUUCUGGGGAGACCCCAAUGUCACUGUCCUGGCUGGUCUUACUCCUGGCAACUCCCCCAUCUUUUACCGCGAGGUGCUCCCACUCAACCGGGCCCACAGGGUGGAGGUGGUGCUGCUUCAUGGAAAGGCCUUUAACUCUCACACGUGGGAGCAGCUGGGCACACUGCAGCUACUGUCACAGAGGGGCUACCGGGCCGUGGCCCUUGACCUUCCAGGUUUUGGGAACUCGGCACCUUCAAAGGAGGCAAGCACCGAGGCAGGGCGGGCAGCAUUGCUGGAGCGGGCGCUGCAGGACCUGGAGGUACAGAAUGCCGUGUUGGUGAGCCCCUCGCUGAGUGGCCACUAUGCCCUGCCCUUCCUGAUGCGAGGCCACCACCAGCUACAUGGAUUCGUGCCCAUUGCACCCACCUCCACCCAGAACUACACCCAGGAACAAUUCUGGGCUGUGAAGACUCCAACCCUUAUCCUGUAUGGAGAGCUGGACCACAUCCUGGCUCGAGAGUCACUGCGGCAGCUCCGCCACCUGCCCAACCACUCUGUGGUGAAGCUACGCAAUGCGGGCCAUGCCUGCUACCUCCACAAGCCGCAAGACUUCCACCUUGUCCUGCUUGCCUUCCUUGACCAUCUACCUUGAACUAACCCACUCCCAGGUCCCGACCUGGCCUGAGCUUGGACAGUCUGGACCACCACCCUCCCCUGACCAGGGAGACAACCUCUGGGAUUGGAGGCCAGAGGCCAGAGGGUCAGACCCAGCCAGGACUUCUCAUUUCAUCUCACAGACACAAUAAAAAAGCAUAUUUGUCCUGCCUGGGAA